AUGACAUCGUCUAUGACUGAAUGGUUGCUCGACAAUUUCACAUAUCUGAGUUUGAUAGCCGUUUUCGCGAGUUUCUAUUAUUAUUCAACUUCGACAUAUAGUAAAUGGCAAAAGUUGAAUAUACCAUACCUACAGCCAGUGCCACUGUUCGGCAACACAACCAGAAUAAUGAUGAGACUCGAACAUCCUAUUGACUUGUUUGAAAGGUUCUACAACAGUUUUCCAGACGCCAAAUUGUUCGGAUUCUAUCAGAUGAGGGAUCCGAUACUGUUGGUUCGCGACCCAGAGCUGAUCAACUCGAUACUGGUCAAGGACUUCUCAUAUUUCACCGAUCAUGGUUUAGACUUGGACCCGUCCUCGACUGUGCUGGCCAACAGUCUGUUCUUCGCCAAGGGCAGUAAAUGGAGGACAAUGCGCCAGAAACUGAGUCCAGGCUUUACGUCCGGCAAGUUGAAAGAUGCGUAUUUUCAAAUCAACGAAUGCGGCGACGAGAUGGUGUCUGGAAUUGUCGAGACGAUCGAGAAGAAGACCGACCGAAUCGACGUGAAAACUGUGACUAGUGGUUUUUCCACAGACGUGAUCGGCACGUGCGCGUUCGGCAUGAAACUGGACGCGAUCAAGAACGACGAUUCUGACUUCCGGCGGUACGUCAAGAUAAUGUUCCAGACCACCUGGCGACAGAUGAUCGUCCAGGCGUUGUCGAUGAUCUGUCCCUGGGUGAUCAAGGUGUUAAGAGUCCAAAUGUUUUCGGUGGAGGCGACCAAUUUUUUCCAAAAUGUGUUCACCGACGUCAUCGAUUACCGAGAAAAGCACAACGUUAUUCGGAACGAUUUGGCGCAGACCCUGAUGCAAGCGCGUAAAGAAUUAGUGUUGAAGGAAAACACGACCUCCGAAGAUAAAUUCACUGACGACGAUAUCAUCGGUAACGCUAUUGUCAUGUUCACCGCUGGUUCUGAAACGGUAUCGUCUUUGCUAUCUUUUUGCCUGUACGAAUUGGCGCUGAACAAAGAAGCCCAAGACAAAUUACGUGCAGAGAUAUUUUCAAUGAAAGCAAAACACGACGGACAGUUAACCAAUGAUUAUUUGAUGGAUCUCCAUUACACUACCAUGGUUUUGGAAGAGACUGGAAGAAAGUACACCAUCGCAUUAAACUUAAUGAGAGUGGCAACGAAAUCUUACACUUUACCUGACAAAUCAUUUGUUAUUGAAAAAGGACAAAAACUCAUUAUACCAAUGUUCAGCAUACACCGUGACCCAAAAUAUUAUCCAGAUCCGUUGAGAUUUGAUCCGGAACGGUUUUCUGCGGAACAAAAAUCUCAGCGACCAAAUGGCACUUACAUGCCGUUUGGUGACGGACCUCGAUUGUGCAUUGGCAAGCGAUUCGCCGAAUCAGAAAUGAAGUUGGUCCUGUCAAAUGUACUGUCAAAAUACGAAGUCUUACCAUGUGAACAAACUGAAAUUCCACUUAACAUUAGAAGUGGAAUAGGAUUUAUUUCAGCGAAAAACGGUGUAGUGUUAAAAUUUAGACCGAUCGUUGAGCAUUAGUUAUGAAUUAUUUGUACUUCUAUAGAAAUACUUUAUAAAUAAUUUGAUGUGUAUAAGUUAUUGUGUUAAUAAUGUGUUAAGGGAUUGUAAAUGUUAAUAGUUAUAAUAAAAAUCAUACCACAUGUGGUCUUUAAU